GAGUCGCAAUAUAACCUCGUUUAGUGUUGUAUAUAACCAAAAAAUGACAGAAUUAUAACAAAUGCUUCAAAAAAUAAUAUAAGAAACCUACAAAACACAACAAUUGAACGUAAUGAUUGAAAAUGAGGAAUAUGUCAUUACGUAAUAUAUUUUAAAAAUAUAUUUUAUACAAUUAUCUUGUUCAAUUAUUUUGUAAACAGAUCAUACGAUGCUAAAAAUGUGUGUGUGUUUUGAUAUAUAAAAUCUAUUGUUUUAUACUAUAAUAUUGUAAAUAAGUAACAUCAGUACGAUCAGUUUAUUCAAAAUAUUGUAUAAUAAGAUCGAUAAUAGUAUUGUGAAUAAUUAUUACAUGAUAAUUAAAAAUGGCACGAAAUGCAGAAAAGGCUAUGACAACACUUGCUCGUUGGAGAGCAGCACAAAACAACGAAGGAGCAAAGAAGGAACAGGAGCGAAGGCCAUACCUAGCUUCAGAAUGUAGGGAUUUGCGCAAAGCAGAAAAAUGGAGAAUGCAGAUAAUUCGGGAAAUUGCGAAGAAAGUUGCACAAAUUCAAAAUGCUGGGCUUGGCGAAUUUCGUAUUCGUGAUCUGAAUGAUGAAAUUAACAAAUUGCUUAGAGAAAAGCGGCAUUGGGAAGCGCAAAUAAAAGAGCUUGGUGGACCUGACUAUUCCAGAGUUGGGCCUCGCAUGUUAGAUCAUGAAGGACGUGAGGUUCCUGGUAAUCGAGGGUACAAAUAUUUUGGAGCUGCCAAAGAGCUGCCAGGUGUUAGGGAGUUAUUCGAGCAAGAACCACCACCACCCCCUCGAAAAACACGUGCAGAAUUGAUGAAGGACAUCGAUGCGGACUAUUAUGGUUACAUGGAUGACGAUGACGGUAUUCUGGUACCAUUAGAACAAAAAGCAGAACAAGAAGCGAGAGAAAAAUACAUUAAGGAAUGGACCUCCCGUGAGAAGGAACCAGAAGCCGAGGUUGAAACAACGGCGCAGAAACCAAUUCCUUCUCAGCAAGAUAUUCAGGAAGCGCUAUUGCUUCGAAAAAAGAAAGAAUUAUUGGAAAUAUAUGGACUGGAAUAAAGUUUGACUUGAGAUAUGUUCCGAUUGCGAUAAUAACUAUUCGUAAGUUUAUUGAUUUAAUUAUAUAUUAGAAUACAUUUUUAUAAAACGCGAUGGAGAUGUAAUAAUUAUUGUUAAUUUAUAAGUACGCGUAAUAACAUUGAUUAAGAUAAUUAGUUUGUGCAGUAGACAUUCAAACUUGAAUUAAUGUUUAUCGAGAAACGGGUGCUGUAGAUAAAAUAUAGAUCAAAAUCCAAUAUUAUAGUCUGUUUAUAAUCUUCGCGAUCUGGUAUCUUUUUCAUCAUUCGAUCUCGUAUUUCGCGAUUUUUUUGGGCAAAUUGACAAAAAUACAAUGAUUCAAAUGACAUAACGAUUUAACAAGUAAUCAUUUUCUAAUCUAAAAAUUGUCGCACUCUCUUAUUCUCACAAAGGUGUCUCUGGAAUGUAACAAAUCCAUAUGUUGAAGCUUGAGAUCUCUCAGCUUUCUUAUCGUCUCGAUACUACAAGCGUCUAUCAAUUAAUAGGAAUGUUAAAUGCACGUAACAUCACUUUUUUCUAAAAAGAAAAAUUCGUGAUUUCACCGCAUUCUCUUCAGCUAGGGAUCGUAUAAUCCCAUAAUGCGGUGUUCUAAAAUUAAAAAUGUAUAAUGGUGGUCCGAUCACUCCCUACAUAAAUCCAAUAUUAUCGACUUAUCACGCAAAACACUAGAAAACGCUGUUGUAAGAUUAACGUUAUCACAAUUACAUUACAUCAGAUUCAAAGAGUUAAAAGGCCUAAAAGUUAUCCUGAAAAACUACCCGCUAAAAUUCAACAUAUAUAUUAUUCACAUAAUAUGAUUAGAAAUCUUGAAACUUUCUCAAAUCCAGUUUGUAUCUUGUGUAAAACAAAUGUUGUUCAGUAAUAAUCUUACAAUCGAGAGAUAUUAAUACUACAUCGCAUUGAUUAAUUUACAUAUUUAAACGUUUCUCUCCUCUCUUCAGCAUCGUGCUGUUUAUAAACAGACUGUGCAUUAAGAUAUACAAUAAUAUCGCUAGGACUCAGAAGUACUAUAACAAUAUCAAUUAACACAUAAUGCAGCUAAAAAAACUUAUCACACUUAUAUCCUAAAUGUGUUUUAGAAUCCGUUUUAAUCGAUUCUAUUAGCUCACAGAUAUAGUUUUUUUACACCUCGUAUAAGUACAAUUGGAAUAAUUAUAAGAGUAUAAAAAUCCCUUAUAAUUUUCUCUCAUUAUAACAUAUCCAGUGGCGAUUAAAAUCGAAAAUGUGAAUAAUAACGCGUAUAUAUAUCCUCUUAGAAGAAAAAAAUCCAGUUUAAGCUGCGAAAAGAGUUUAUAAAUGAGAUGAUUUUCACUGCAUCUAGGACUUUGUAUGCUUAGAAUAUUCUAAACUCUUAUUUGCAAUACAUAUAAAUGCGUAUACACAAAAGGAAUUCGUACUGCGCGCAUAAGGAAAUUCUCUUCGUGUCUUAAAGGAGAUUUCUGAGUCCCGGCAAUCAUUUUUUAUUUCUAAAACGUAAAUGAGACAAAAUAGUUCGAGCAUGGAUUAAUAACCAUGAUGAAAAUUUACCACUAAAGGCUUGAAAAAGUCAAGCGUUAAAUAAUUCACAGCAUCUGUUUGUCCGUUAUAAUCAGUGGCUGGUUUUAUCCGCUGAUCUGGGGGGUCCCCUAACGAUUGUUUGGUCUAAACCCACCUUCCACACUAUCAAUGUACGUGUAUAUAUGUAUAUGUUUGUGUGUACGCAUUUUUAUUACUAAUAUUAAAUUUAAAUGAUCUAAAAAUCGUGCUCAGGUAAUAAAGGAAAUGUGAUUUUCUAUAGAGAACAAAUAAAUAAUUUUUAUAAAGUUAA